AUGCAGCUAAGCAUAACGUCGAAGCAAGCCAUCUCCUGCCCGACCGACUUGACCAUGCAGCGAGGCAUCCACAAGACCGGGACCUUCUGCCUGGUCCUCAUGCAGGCGUAUGCCGAGCCUCGAUCGACCUUGAGCUAUACCACGAGGAAACGGCUUGACAGCGCCUUUCACAGCCCUCGGACCAAGGAAGUCGACAAAGACGCCAUUUCGUCUACAGUGCCUGUACCUGCAUUAGCGAUCAAACCCCUCGACGAAUGGGACAUGGAGGGCCGUACGAUCUGGAGUCUGAACGGGCGCGCCCAGAUCAGAGACAAGCAUGUGAAAUAG